UAGGCGUGAUAGCUCAGUGGCCCUGCCCCAGCCUGCCACAGUAUCAACACAGCGGCCCCACACCACCACCACCACCACUACCACUACCCUCACAGUACCUCUGCCACGCCCACUGGUAGUACGUUGUGAGCCUUGUGAGCCGCACUAACUCUAGAGCAUGCGUUCUCUUCUUGUAUGUUACGAGUAUUAAUUAAAAUGAUGCAUUGAUACAACACUAGCAUGAGUAUUGGAGCAUGGAGGACCAAGAGGAGCGUUUGCAUGACAAAGAGGAGUGGCACGUGGAGGCCGCUGCCGUCAUCCAGGAUGUGAAGGACUGUGUUUCUCAGAUUCAAGUAUCUUCCCUUCCCUCCUCAAACACCACAAUCUUUUUCAACCUUACAACCAAGGAAGAAAACACCUACUGCAUUGAGCUGACUGCUUCAGGAUUUAGGAUUGUUGGAGCUAAAUACGACGACAACUCUCAGUCUUCAGAAAAGCACUUUGAAACUCCUUAUGCCUUGCUGGACAGCAUUAGCCCCUUGUAUCGUGUGAGCUUCAGUUCCGCCUUAGCUGCAAAGUUGAUGGCUCUAGCAGGGGAACUUGACCAAUAA